GUGUCACUGUCACUGUCACUCUCUAAUGUUGGCAAUUUAAUAAACAAUGGCGCUUUCCAGUUAGUCUAUUGGCAAAAAUAUUUAUUUUUUGUUAUGGUUUUCUAAGUUUCCCCAGUCGUACCGGACAUGAUUGGGGAUUACAUUGACAAUAAAUGGUAUAAAAAUGUCGUUGUAACAUAUCAAAAAAGUUAGUGUUAAUAUAUUAAGGACGAUGUAAAAAAUGGCUUCAAAUUCAUACAGGGUGGAAUGGGUGGAAAUAAUAGAGCCCAAAACUCAGGAGCAUAUGUAUGCCAAUUUAGCUACAGGAGAAUGUGUAUGGGAUCCUCCAGAAGGUGUACCUGUUAAACGGACAGAUUCAAACCAAUGGUGGGAGCUAUUUGAUCAAAAUACUGCUAGAUUUUACUAUUACAAUGCUACAUCACAAAGAACGGUUUGGCAUAAGCCCACCAAUUGCGAUAUAAUACCAUUGGCCAAAUUGCAAACUCUAAAACACAAUACAGAUUGUAGUCCAGCCGCUACCAGUAACCAGUCCACACAAACAAGUCACCAUGUUGAAAGGGGGCAAGCUCUAAGUUUAUCAGCCAGUACCCCACAAUUGCGCAGAAAGCCCAGUGACUUAUGCAGAAGUAGUAGUUUUAGCCAAAGGGGAGCUGAGGCACCUUUAUACUCUAAUUGGCAUGAUUCCCAUUUGUUACCUUUAGAACAUUUCUUACUUAAUAAUAGCAGAGAAUCUGAUAGUGAUCAUUCAGAUAGUGGAAGUGAAUCUCUUACUGGGCAUGAACCUGACAAUGAGGAUUCAGAUCAAUCAGAGGGUAGUUAUUUACCUCAUAGAUUGUCACACAGGCCUGUGGAGUACCUAAACUUGCCAACUGGUGUUAGCACAGAACCUAGGGAAAGAGAGUGCCCACCUACACCACUAUUAAAACCUCUUGCCGAGCCACCAUUACAGCCUGAGAGAGAGGCUGAUAUGGAAAAAUUUGCCGCAGAUAAUUUGAAUCUAGGAGGAAGAGGACUUUUCCGAAGAAAAGCCAGUGUUAGGGAUCUUCUUAGUUGGACACAACGAAGCCUGCAAAGACCCUUGCUUGCUUCUAGUAAACCUGUAUAUAAGCAAGCUUUAGAAAUGUUUAGGCAAGUCCAGAUGUAUAUGGGAGAUAGAAAAGCACGUCCAGGUGUUUCUUUAAACUCACUUCUAAUGGAAAUCCUAGGCACAGCUCACGUCCAAUCUCUGUUAAGAGACGAAUUGUUUGUUCAAUUGUGUAAACAAACCACUGAGAACCCUAGGAGAGAGUCUCUUUUGAGAGGCUGGGAGUUGUUAACAAUUGCUUUGGCUUUUAUCCCUCCUAGUCCUGUGUUUCAACCUGCUUUACUAGGGUACCUGAAUAGACACAGAGAUCCGACGUUUUCUCGUGUUUUUCCAGACGUCAAUAGAUGGCCUAUACAUGUUCAAGUCAAUCACUACGCCACUGUAGCUUGUCAAAGAUUAGAACGAAUAGGUGCAGGAGGUAAGCGUACCGCCAGACGACCGCAAGUGGACGACAUAGAGUCAGCCAGGAAACAGAUAUUCCAAGCCAGCUUGUUUGGGAAUACCCUACGCGAAGUAAUGCAGCUGCAGUCAAGUAGAUGGCCAAACAGGAGGCUUCCCUGGCCGCAAGUGGAGCUUUCCAUGCAAGUGCUGAAGCUACAAGGCUUGCAGACUGAAGGAAUAUUUCGAGUGUCGGCCGAUGUUGACGAAGUGAACAGGCUCAAGGCGCAGAUGGACCGUUGGGAGUUGAGCGAGCCCAGCGACGCGCAUGUUCCAGCUAAUUUACUGAAACUGUGGCUGAGAGAGCUGUACGAACCCUUAAUUCCAGAUUCCCUCUAUCCAGAAUGCGUAGCUGAGCCGAUGACGUCGCGCCGUGCCUGUGAUUUAGUUCUUCGUUUGCCCACUUUGCAUAGGCUAGUGUUAUGCUAUCUAAUAAGGUUUUUACAAACCUUUAAUAAACCGGAUGUAAUACAGCAUACCAAAAUGGACGCCUCGAAUUUAGCAAUGGUAUUUGCGCCCAACUGUUUACGGUGCAUGGCUAGUGAUCCCCGUACAAUGUUCGACAACGCCAGGAAGGAGAUGGCUUUCAUGCGCUGUCUUAUACAAGAUCUCGAUACGGAAUGUGUUCGAGAUAUGAUCUGACCUCAAGUUUUGCAUUGUACAUUUAUACCACUAUUAUUAUUGUAACUUUUUUUAUUAUAAAUAAUAGAUAUGCGUCAUGUGUU